AAAAAUGAUGUUUAUAAGAUUUUGUUUUGAUGCAGAGUUUUAUGUGCAUUAAGGUACUAAUUUUCCAUUACAGAAAUACUUAAUUCCUAAUAUUAAAUGUGGAAGAAAAAUAUAUAUUUCUCAGAGUUCAAAACAAUCGAAUUUUUAUAUUGAGAUUCCUCACUAUAUGAAGGAAAAGAAUGGAGUGCAAGGUUUUAAAUGAGGUUUAACUUCUAACCUGAUACAGUAUACAUAUUUACCUUGUGCUAGCUGCACAUUUUUCCAGUUAUCUUAUGUGUGUCGUUGAGUGGGUUUUGACACUGACAUCAGGAGGCCCGAAACCUGGUUUGGCUUUGCCGCUAACCUACUGGUAGCUUGGUUGGGAUCAGACAUUCAAUAAUUGCCUCAUCUCAAAAAUACGGUUUUUUCAAUAGCCAAUAUUGAAUUAUAUGUCACCUCAGGACUUUUGCCAACUCUCUUCCUGCCUGUUUUCCUGAUUAUUUCCCAGCUCAUUAACAUCACUACUUGAGAGAUUUAAAAUGCUGGCUUUCGGGCCCUGUGAUCAAGUUGAAAUGAUAAGGUUUGCUCAAGGAGAAGGCUGGAUCUAGUAGCCAGAAUGAGACUAGCGGUUACCCAGGGAUGUUAUCGUCUAUAUUUUUCUUGCUCUCCUUUCGUAGUUGAGAGUAGGAGGCCACUCACCGAAUGAGGAAUCCUUAUUCGUUCGAGCGGUGAAUGUGAAAAAGUGAGACUACUAUUCUGGAGACCUGACACGACAAUCUGCUCUAUUUUUCACAUCUAAACAUUUGAUUCUUUAAAAACAAUUUCAGAACUUACCACAUAAGAGAAGAAUAAAACUAAUAUCUAACUUAAAUUACUUACAGUAUUGUACAGUUUCCUCUGGAGAACCAAAUAAGCUAUUUAUUGGUUGGUACAAGUGUUAAUUGUACCAGGGCCUCAGCCAUUUAAUUUUUAAAGCAGAUACCAUAUACAUUUGUCAAAUGAUGUCGGUGUGGGGAAGGAUUAAUUUAAAAAUUAAUAACUUGUAAUGACAGGUGAUAUGCCUAACGUAGUUUCAAAAUUGAAGUGGAAAGGCCUUGGGAUCCUUUCUCCCCGCAAGGCAACAGGAAUGAGCCAUAGAAUCACUCUGAUUAAAUUUAGUUAAAAAUAUAUUGAGGGCAGGAUUUCGUGUGGAGGCACAACUGAGCCUGGGGAGUAGACACCAUGAGCAAAGCUCAACCUCCCGAAUUGAAAAAAUUUAUGGACAAAAAGGUAUCAUUGAAAUUAAAUGGUGGCAGACAUGUCCAAGGAAUACUACGGGCAUUUGAUCCCUUUAUGAAUCUUGUGAUACAUGAGUGUGUGGAGAUGGCAACUAGUGGGCAACAGAACAAUAUUGGAAUGGUGGUAAUACGAGGAAAUAGUAUCAUCAUGUUAGAAGCCUUGGAACGAGUAUAAGCAGUGGCUGUGUUCGCCAGAGAAAUCAGUUGCUUCCCCAUGUCUGCUUCCACAGCAUCUUUUCACUAUGACAUAAAAAUUGGGUUGUGUACAUUUUCUUACUGAACUUUUUGUUAAAUAAACUUUUGUAAUAGUCAAAAAAAAUAUA